AUGGGAAAAAACAAGAAUGGAUUCAGUCUGUUUGAGGCUUAUUUAGCUGCGGGAAUGACAUCCAGUUCAAAUACGAUAGAGCAUGUUCCAUUACCUGAUUCAAUGCGAACAUCCACUUUGAUUGAACAAAUAGGAAAAGAACACAACUGGUCAGAUGAACAAAUAAACGAAGAUAUUCAUAUCUUGGAAUGUAAUAGACUUUAUUAUGUGAGAGAGCUACGUGAAUUAUCUAAUAGCAGUUGGAAGGCUAUUCAAUUACUGCCACUUGUAAAAGAUCUCUUAAGGAACGCCUUGGAGCCUGAUAGAAAGCUGAAUGGAAAAGAAAAGAAGAAAAAAGAUAAAAAGCAGGAAAAGAAGAAGAAGAGCAAGAAAAAGCUGGGGUCUCCCGUCUUGUCAACAGCUAGUUUCGUUGCCGAACCAACAUCAUUUAUGUUAUCUGAAGACCCUGAGACUAUCCGUAAUACGAUUAGAAAUUCAUCUAUUGAUUUGACUGCUACAGGUACAGACAGUCUUAAGAAAAACAAUGGUAUAGCAAAAUCAGUUUCAUUUUCUGAAGAUGAUGUCAAAAAGACAGAUGAUAUGGAUAGCAGUAGUAGCAGCAGCAGUAGCAGUAGUAGUAGUAGCAGCGAAUCCGAGUGUGACGAAAAGAGGUCAACUGAACCUAAAAAGGAAAUUGUGUUUACAGGUCGACCUAUCAAGGUUAUCAGUAGCAACCGUAUUCGAGUGAGAACAAGUGAUAAUCAGGUGUUUGAAUGUGAUAGAUUCUGUCCCCACAAGAAGGUUGAUUUAGCUACAUGGGGACAAGUGUUGGGUAAUUCAGUUAUCUGUACAAAGCAUAAUUGGAACUUUUCAAUGCAAGGUGCACCCACAAAAGGAAGGACAUUGAAUCCUUGUCAAGUAAACGAUUGGUAA